AUGGCUUCCACAACAAUAGAGACUACUUCGGCCCAAGCCGAGGCUCAACCAAGUGAUCUAAAGCCUCAUGACCAAGAAAAGGGCGUUCUAUCACCAGCAUUGGAUUCUACCUCGCCAGGUGAUGAUCCGAAACCACGUACCAGGGUCCAAACAGUCCUGGUAUCUAGUUCGCUGAUGGCCGCACUUUUCCUCUCUGCACUCGAUGUCACUAUCGUAGCAACGGCCGUUCCAGUCAUCUCUCAAGACCUGGAAUCUAGCACGGGAUAUAUCUGGAUAGGCGCCUCUUAUGUAUUGGCCAAUGCUGCGUGCUCGCCUAUAUGGGGCAAGCUAUCCGAUAUUUGGGGCCGCAAGGUAAUCUUGCUAACCACAAUUGGGAUAUUCUGGGUUGGUUCUCUCCUAUGCGGCACCUCUGUGGAUAUGGGUAUGCUUCUAGGAGCUCGUACUAUUCAAGGAAUUGGAGCUGGCGGCGUGGUUACACUGGUCAACGUUUGCAUCGGAGACCUCUUCUCUGUUCGCGAACGUGGUUUCUAUUACGGUCUUGUCGGCGCUGUCUGGGGCAUCGCUAGUGCCAUUGGCCCUGUUGUCGGUGGCGUGCUUUCUUCUCAAGCAUCAUGGAGGUGGUGUUUCUAUAUCAACCUACCCAUCUCCGGGAUCGGUAUUGUUUUACUCUACCUCAUACUCAAGCUACAUAACCCACGCACCCCUCUCAAGGAAGGCCUUGAGGCUGUCGACUGGUGUGGUAGUCUGACCGUUAUCGGCAGUACGGUGAUGUUCCUCCUAGGGUUGGAACUUGGUGGUGUGACGCAUCCGUGGGCCUCACCUCUGAUCAUAUGUUUACUUGCAUUUGGGCUCGUUCUAGCGAGUCUCUUUGUCUUUAUCGAAUCUCAGUACGCCAAAUAUCCGAUCAUCCCUCUCAACCUUUUUGCAAACCGCUCUAAUUUUGGGGCGCUCACUAUCGCCUUCUUCCAUACUAUGGCCUCUACUUCAGGAUCCUACUGGCUACCUUUAUACUUCCAAGGCGCGCUUGGCACAUCUGCUCUCUUGUCUGGAGUCUACAUUCUACCCUUUUUGAUGGGCAUGUGUAUGAUUUCUGCAGCCUCGGGUUUUAUUAUCCGCAAGACAGGCAACUAUGUCUUCAUCAUCUGGGGCGGAAUGAUUGUUGCAACAACUGGAUUUGGGCUAUUUACCGAUCUACCUGAUAAUAAAGAUUUCACAAAGAUCAUCAUCUACCAGGCCAUUGCGGGAAUUGGCUUAGGUCCGAAUUAUCAAUCACCACUCAUUGCCCUUCAGAAUAACGUCAAUGCGCACGAUAUUGGAUCAGCUACGUCAACCAAUAGCUUCGUGAGACAGUUGGCCAGCGCCAUGUCCAUUGUCAUCGGUGGUGUCGUCUUUAACAAUGCGAUGGAAAGCCAACAGCCGAAGCUAAAGACACUUCUUGGCCAAGACCUGGCGCAAAAGUUCUCAGGGCGUAAUGCGUCAUCGAAUGUCUUCACAGUUACUAAGCUGAAACCCUCGGAGAGCUAUGUCGUUAGGGGGGCAUAUGCGAAGGCGAUAACAAGGAUGUAUAUCCUCUUUGUCGUGUUGUCGGGGGUCGGUCUUCUGGCAAGCCUUCUCAUUAAACAGAAGCAGAUGAGCCGGGAGCACAGAGAGCAUAAAACGGGACUUCAAAGUCUAAAGAAUCGACUUGCUGGCACGGAAUAA